AUGGAUGGCAUCCAUGAUUUUGAUACAAUAGAUGUGGAGCUGGAUGCGUACUUGAAAAAGAAACAAGCUUCCCAAUGCAAAGAUGAAUUUCUCAAUAUUCUAUGUGAAGAAGAUGAUUACAAUGCAGUAGAUGAUGCCCAAACUGAAAAUGAUGCUCAAACUGGAAUCACUAAAGAAGAAUCAGAUGAAGAUUAUCUAGAAGGUAGUAACGAGGAAGGUAGUGAUGAGGAAUUUGAGUAUUCCACCCACAAUCCAAAGGUGAAAUGGAAAAAAAUGAGACCAAUGCUUGGUGAAAGGUAUGAAUCCCCACAUGAACUGAAAUUGUGUUUGACCAACUAUGCUGUUAGUAAGGGUUUUCAAAUCCGUUUCAAAAAAUGUAAUAGUGUUAGACUAGUGGCAAUAUGUGGAAGUGAUCCAGAGAAGUGUCCAUUUGUGGUUAGGUCUUCUUGGAUGAGUACUGAAAGGUCUUUCCAAGUCAAAGAGACGAUAGACAUUCAUAAAUGUGUUAGGAAUUUUAACAAUUCAAGGCUUAUGGAUCCUACCUGGUUAGCUAGGAAAUUCGUGAAGGAUUUGAUUAGGAAACAUAAUUUAAAAUGCAAAGAGAUGCAGUGUUAUAGAUCAAGGAUGAGGGCACUGUCAUUAAUUCAUGGGAAUUUGAGUGACCACUACACAAGAGUUUGGGAUUAUGGGCAUGAGCUACUGAGAUCCAAUCCAGACAUCACAGUUAGGAUUACAGUUACUGUAAACCCUGAUAAUACCACAUCAUUUCAUAGAUUCUACAUUUGCUUUAAAUCAAUAAGAGAAGGGUGGAAAAGGGCAUGUCAUAGAGUAAUAGGAUUGGAUGGUUCUUUUUUGAAGGGACAAUGUAAGGGUGAAUUGUUAACUGCAAUAGGUAGGGAUGCCAAUAAUCAGGUGUAUCCUAUAGCUUGGGCAGUUGUUGAUGUAGAGAACAAGAACAACUGGAAAUGGUUCCUGGAUUUGGUUAAUGAUGAUCUUGGAUUACAGGGUGGAAAGGGUGUGUGUGUAAUCAGUGACCAACACAAGGGUCUUGUUGAAGCUAGUAAAGAUAUUCUACCAUAUGUUGAGCACAGGCAAUGUGCAAGGCAUAUCUAUGCCAAUUUCAGAAAAGUUUAUAGUGGAGUGCAGUUCAGAAACAUGUUUUGGGCAGCUGCAAAAUCUACCACAGAAGGAGAUUUCAAGUUUAAUAUGGAAAGGAUUAGGGCAAUAAGUUAUGCUGCUUAUGAUCAUCUCAUGGCAAGGGAACCAACUUCAUGGUGCAGGGCUUAUUUCUCUACUGGCUUGGCUUGUGAGGCUGUAGAGAAUGGGAUUGUUGAGUGUUUCAAUGCAAUCAUUGUAGACGCAAGAAAUAAACCUUUGCUAACUAUGCUUGAAGAGAUUAGGAUUUACAUGAUGGAAAGGGCUUUCAAUCUGAAACAAGAGGCUGAAAAAUGGGUUGGUGAAGUUUGUCCUUUCGCGAUAACAAAGAUGGAAGAAUUUGGAGAAGACAUUAAGUAA